AUGAGUGGUACCAAGCCCAACAAGUACACGGUACGUUCAGCACGACCGUCGCGAUGCGACCAGUUGCGGCAAAACUUGUCAUCUUCUUGGUCUUCCUCUUCCAGUCCCUCUUCCGAAUCCUCCGACGCUGGACGGCUGAGUCGGUCUGAAGCCGAUCUCCGUAAAUUGCUGCGUUUAGAUCCGACGCGACGCCAGCAACCGGGCCGCAACGACACGGGUAAAUGCGUCAUCAGCGCCGACCAGGCGGUGCAUUACUGUGGCUUCACAGAAGAAGGUAGGUCAACACGAAUGCCAUAAUACUAUGAUGUUGUGAAGUGGACAGACAUCGCGCCCUAUCAUCUUCCACUCUAACCCCUGACAUAUCUGUCGUGCUAAUGCUUCGCUAAUCUUAUUUCUUGCCGUGUUUGGUGUGCUUCUUUUCGGUGCCGCAGUUAUCGACCAAUUACAGUAACCGCCCCCAUUAUUCCCCCGACCAAACAAGGCCAAUGUCACGUCAGUCAGAAGAGCGGCAGAGAGAUCUGUUUCCCAUCGUACGAACAACUCGACACCACUUGUACUGAUCCUGCACCAGCUGAACAACAAAGUCCUGGUCCCGUUCCUCCGCCGGUCAUCAAACACGCGACGUGAGUUACAUACACAAUAGAAAGAUAACUCUCAGUAGGUAAAAGUACUAGUAUAAUACAUUUUCAGUGUCCGUGCCAUGGCGUUCGUAGCUCCCGACGACCUCCAACGUCUGAUCAAACAAUAUUACCGCCAGAAUCAGCAGCCUAUCCCCAAAGACUUAAACUACGACCUGAAGCCAUACCUGUUUGCCCGCUACCGUUGUGACUACGGAUACGAACUCAUCGAUGAAGUCGACACGGUUUUCUGUAGCGGAAGACAAUGGAUACAAUCGCUCCCGGAAUGCCGUGGUAAAGGACCUUGUGCUGUAGACAACGGAGGCUGUAGCCAUUCUUGUAUCUCGCCAGACAAUACUACGGUAGAGUGUAGAUGUCCUAAGGGAUUGGUGCUGGAUGUAGAUGACAAGACUUGUAUCAGUAAGUGACGCAGCUUGAUCUAAUAACUUAUACAUAUUAUCACGAUCUUGUAUCCCAUAUUAUUCAUAAACCCAUUUAACUAUAGGCAAUUGGUAAUAAGUAUUAUUCCAGAGCCGGCUCCCAAGAACGAAUGUAAGAACCUGCAAGGCUGUGUCUGUGAAUCCAUCAACGAUCUCCAAUUGUCAUGUACUUGCAGACCCUCAGGCAACAAGUGUUUAUGUAAGUAGCCACAAGAGUACAACUUCUUUUUAGUACAAAAAGGACCGCCAAAGAUAUUCCUCCACCCACCACCACCAUACCAAAACGAGCCUGGAAGCAGUGUCAACAUCACUUGUUCAGGUGUUGGUUACCCAUUCCCUGACACUAUAUGGACAAGGUAGGCUCCAUUUUAAGUUUACAAAGUACAAAACUAAAUAUAACAACGCCUUAGAAACCCUAAAACAAACAAAUUGUUGCCAAACUACCUAAAGUAAUAUUUUAGUAACGACGAUCAGCCUUUUGGUCAACAGAAAGACCCCAACGCUGCCUACAAUGCUCAAAUGUCGGUAACCGACGUUGUGAAGAACGGACAAUUUACUUGUACAUCAACCAACAAACACGGCCAAGCGGAGAAAGUGGCCGAUAUUGUAGUAGCCGGUCCAGACGCCACACAUCUGGAGAAAGUGGAUUCAGACAGAACCAGCGUAGAAGUGCAUUGGAUCCCUCCAGAUCACGUCAACCGCCCCAUCACUCACUACACCAUCUACUACACCAACAACCCCCAACAGCCGGUCAAGAACUGGAAGUCGGUGGAUGUGAACGAGCCCAACCGGAACGUUGUCAUUGAAGACCUCAGGUCUGACACCGAAUACACCUUCAGGGUCAGAGCAAACGACAAUCUUGGUCCAGGAAAGCUGUCCAACGCCGUAUCUGCCAAAACACAAGAAGCCGGUAAGUGGAAGCUCACGAAACCAAGGUUUCUCGAAGAAAAAAAAUAUUUUCGAAAUAUUUCGAAAUAGGGCAGUCUGUGGGGAAACAUUAUACGGUGAAAGGUAUCCAAACAAAAUUUUGUUUUUUUGAGAAAAACUACUAUUUUUUUGAUAAACAAAAAUUAUCGAUUGAAAAAAAUAUUGUGGGGUGUAAAAAUUGCUACAUGUUUAUAUAUGUUGUUGAACGGCACAAAAUAAGCAUAAAACUUCUUUUUCUGAAAACAUAAGUUUUUAGGUAACAAUAUUAUGUUACAGAAUUACACUUGAAAUUAAAAAUUAAACACUUUUUAGCCAAAAGACCUGCUGUUGAGAUCGUGGAAGGUGAAGAACUUCGAAUUGCUCCAAACGAACCCUUCACUCUGAAUUGUAACGUUAUCAGAGGAGACCCAACACCUGUUAUCGUGUGGGAAUCCAAAGGUCGAAGCAUCUCCAACCCUCAAGAAGGCCGAUCCAUUGCUCUUCAGCACAAAGGCCUUCUGGAAGAGACCAGUUUCCUUUGUGUAGCCGAAAACGAAGCCGGCAAGACUUCAAAACGAAUCCACGUCGUUGUCACGGGACCAACGGCACCAGAAAGGAUAAGAACGAACGUUGAUGGAGAUGACAUUGGGCUACAAUGGGAACCGCCGAGAAUCACGAACGGACCCAUGGAAGACUACGAGAUCCUCUACACAGAUGAUCCCUCGCUUCCAGAAGACCAAUGGCAGACGACGAACAGUGACGGAAAGACUUCGGCCUUGAUUCCUGACCUCAAGGAACUGACCGAUUACACCUUCAGAGUCAAGGGAAAGAACGCUAAUGGAGUGGGACUCCCUAGCAAGGACUACAAUGUUACUACAUGGCUCAAGCGUAGGUCUCUUUUAGUUUUUUAAUAUAAUAUCUUGCAACAAAUAAUGUUGAGGAUGUUGUUUGUAAGAAUAUAAUAUUAUUGCAGCAAGACCACCUCAAAUCACAUUGAAACCUGAGGGUGACGUUGAAGUGAAGCCAAGCGCUGAUGAAUUGGUAAUUGAAUGUGAAGCCACUGGAGUACCAAAGCCGAAGAUUGCUUGGUUUUGGGACGAUCAGUUGGUAUCUGAUGGAGAAGUAAGUUUUGUUAAACUUCAACAUUUCAAACCUUAACAUCCGUAUAAUACACAAAUUUAUGAUGUUAAUGUUUUAAGAAUGACUUCCGUGUGUACGAUGUAAGUAAGAUGGACGCUCUCAACGUCACCAACAGCAAGCUGAUUGCCCGAUCUACGACUAAAACUGGCAAAGCUCGUUGUGAAGCAGUGAACAAAGAAGGAAGUGACGAGAAAGAGAUCAAUGUCAAGGUUCUAGGGCCCGGAACACCACCAAAAGACAUCCACCCUCAGCCAGAAGAGAACGGCAUCAAGGUCGAAUGGACAGAGCCUGACGUUCCUAACGGAAAUAUAAAAGAAUAUGUUGUCCACUACAGUAAGGACCCCGACAGUCCAUUGGAUGAGUGGCAACAAGUUGUAGUACCAGCUGACAAGACUGUAGCUGUUAUUGAAGAUCGAGAAGAAGACACGCCGUACGUCGUCAGAAUCCAGGCCAAGACCGACGAUGGUCCUGGAAUCAUCUCUGAGCCUUAUGAAGUUACUACUGGCAAGAAACGUAAGUAGCUUGAAGAUAAAGCCGUUCAUUUAAAAUAUAUGUGCUUUUUCAUAUCAUAUUGUAUUGUGUAACACCUUUUUUUAACUUUGAUAUGUUUAGACAUUCCUUUGACUACGAAACUCGAGAUUCUGGAUCCAGCCUAUACUCCAGGAGAAGAUCUUGUUGUAGAACCAGGCCAGAAGAUCAAGUUCAGGUGUAUCACCGAAGGCCGUCCGACGCCAUCGUUGUCCUACAACUGGCUACCGUUGGACAGCACUGAAAGUGGAGAAGAACCUAUUCACAUCAGAACAAACCCCGCUCCAGAUGCCGAACACACUUACCAAUCUGACGAAACUGAGACUCAGACAUUCACGAAGCGACGUCUCGUAUGUCAAGGUAGGAAUCCAGAUGGAGUCAAAGACGACAGCGUGACCUUCGAUGUCAAGAAGCCGGGUAGUCCACCAGUCACUAUCGACCCUGAUGUUGAUGUAGACAACAAGGUGACCAUCAAAUGGAAGCCUCCUGUCCAUCCGAACGGUGACAUCACUGGCUACAAGGUCUACCUCUCCGCCGAUCCCUCGAAGCCACUCGACCAAUGGCAGACUUUCGACGUCCCGGCUAGUGAAGAUCCUCAGAUUCAGUUCGGUCGAGGAGAACUGGAGCCUGAUACUCCUUACCACGUUCAAGUGUCUGCCGUCAACCCCGAUGGUGAAGGUGUCAAGUCUGAUCCUGUACCAUUCCAAACCCAGAGUGGUGCUCCGAUCGAUGCUCCUACUGAUGUCUUGGCUUCCGUAGCUCCGGACAACUCCGUCAACAUUUCCUGGACUGGACCUUCUCAACCGAAUGGUCCUAUUCAGUCCUACACGGUGUACCUGACUCCAGCUGACCCCUCGACGAACGAUGACAACUACAAGAGUUGGCCAAAGAUCAGUGUGCCUUCUACUGAAGACAUUGGAAACAUUACCUUGGACAAAGACGAAUACCAGAUCCUGCCAAACAAGGAGUACCGUGUCAGAGUUACGGCUACAAACGACCAGUCGGAAGGCCCAGCCAGCGAGACCAUCUCUUUCAACACUGGCACUGGAGAGAUCGUACCGACUAUCAAGUUGAGUCCAUCUGACAAUCCAACCAAAGUCGAUCCUCUGGGCGAUCUUACUGUAACUUGUACGGCCGAUGGCAUUCCAGACCCUACAGUAUACUGGGUGAUUGAUGGAGAAAAGACCAACAGUAACGUGCUCCAAUUGACUGGUCUUGUGAAAGACAAAGUAGUUGAAUGUAAAGCUGUCAACAAUGCAGGUGAAGCUACCGAACCUCUGAGAAUCGAAGUUCAAGGCCCUGGUACUCCACCAGUUAUCUCGAGCAUCCAAGCACUCCCAGAUCAGGAGAUUCAGGUCGAGUGGAAUGCUCCAGAUGAACCUAAUGGACAGAUUACCAACUACAUCGUCAAGUACGGCGAGAUCCCAGAAGGCGAGACAAGUCCGACUUCUUGGGAAGAGAUUACGGUACCUGGUAACCAAGGAGAGGCUUCUAUUAAGGGGCUCAAGCCUAAGACUACCUACUACGUCAAGGUGCAGGCUAUCAGCGACCGAGGACCUGGAGUGGAAUCGGAUACUCAGAGGGCCAAGACGUUACCCAUCACUCCACCACCGCCCAAUGUCUCCAAAGUGGAUGUUCACCCUAAUAACACGGUGGCUAUCUUAUUUGACGCUGUUCCCGAUCCUGAGAAUCCGGAAACUAAAAUUAAGGUAUAUAUCUUACACAUUUAAAUACAGUGUACUGUAAUUCAGUAUAAAUUUAAAGCUUACUGUAUAAAAAUCAUCUUUUGGUAUUGUUUUAGAACUACAAGAUCCACUACACCUCUGAUGACCCGCUAACUGAAGGCACAGAGUGGAAGGAAAUGACAUGGACACAUCCAGAUGACUCUCCUACUGUAGCCAUCCCAAUUGACGGCGAAAACUUUGAACCGAACAAGAAGUACAACAUCAAGAUCACUCCAGAAGGCGAGAUCACUGGUACUUCUAGUGAUCCCAUGCCUUUCGAGACUGGAAGCGGAAGUAAGCCGACUUAAACAAAAUAUACAGACUUUAUAUAUUAAAAAGUAAUACUUUAUGAAUUACAAUUUCUUACUGUAAAUUUAGUUAUCGCUCCCGAAAAACCGACCUUCAAUGUGGAUGCCCCUGACAAUACCAUCAAAGUACCCGCAGGCACUGACUAUUCCGUUACCUGUAUCUCGGAUGGUCGACCUCCUCCCAAAUUCACAUGGGUGGAUUCUGAAGGCAAUGUAGUCAGCGAAGGUCCAGUCCUCUCAGUCAACGAUGUCAAGACCACCAAGAACUUCAAGUGCAGAGCUGAGAACACUGGAGGCAGCGAGGAAACCGACUUCCAAAUCUACGUAGCCGGCCCAGGAGAUGCUCCAGAGAUCACGAAUAUGCACGCUCACAAACCUCGCACGAUCGAGGUACGGUGGGAUCCACCCAAGAUACCGAACGGUGAAAUCACCCGCUACAUUAUCUACUACACUCCUCUGGACGACCAGGUUAGUUUGUAUAAUAAUGUAAUAGAAGAUCACUAGGAUAAUAACAUGAUAAAUAGUAAUCUGAUUGCGUUUGUGACGGUUUCCGAUUAUCAAUAGCAUAUUGUAACUGACAUUCUUUAGGAUCCUGGCAAACAAGUUGGACAAGUACCAAGUAAACCAGUAUCAGAAUGGCUGACCCAUCAUGUAACUGGAGAGAAGGUUAACGAGGGAGACAAGGAGGCCACCAUCAAGGAUUACAUCGACCCUGACACGUCGUAUGCCUUCGUCAUCCAAGCUGUCAACGACGAUGGCCCUGGACCUUACUCGGUACAACAGAACAUCCGCACCAUGUCUAGAGGUACGCCGGGGCAUAUGUUAAUCUUUAAUCCCCGCUUUUAUUUUAAAUUAUUUUAAUUAUAAUAGUCAUGUUCUUUAUUACAGCACAAGAAGGACCACCGACGGACCUUCGAGUAGAACCAAUCGACCAAAACUCGGCCGAAAUCGACUGGAAACGACCAGAGAAUGUGGAAGAAGACCCGAUCGGCUACGAGAUCUUCUACGUUCCCGCCAACAAGGAGAUCGAGAUCGACGAGUUCGAUUCCUUACCAAAGUGGACUAAGCUUUCGGUCGACGACGGUAACGCCGAGUCGUAUGUUCUCAACGACGGUCUUCAGCCUGACACUGAAUAUGUCUUCAAGAUUCGGGCCAUUUAUCCGAAAGGACCUGGAGUCUUCUCUGAGCCCUGCAUCUCACGGACGUUGCCUGAAGGCACGUAACGUUCUUUGUCGUAUAAUAAGCAUACGAUCUUAUAGUAACCUUGUGUUAUUUGAGAACAAGUUUUUUCGCUAUGAUCAUGUAAAUUUAAGAUCAUUUUACGAAAAGGAAGACUCGUUUCAAAUACUUUGUUUUAGGAAACGCUCCUGUCAUCACGGUGUCAUCUGGAGGUGAAGGAACAGAAGGAACCACGAAGAUCGCUCUUCUCCCUGGAUCCUCAUUACUGGUCUUCUGUAACGCUACUGGCAGUCCAUCGCCUUCUGUCAACUGGAUCCGGCAGGGUUCGAUUCCAAUUGACCCCAGUACCGUGAAGAACGAAGGCUACGCUACACGGUGGUCUCUGAACGUGAACAACAUUACAGAAGACACUACUUUCAAUUGUGUAGCCCAGAAUCCGUUAGGAAAGGCCAAUUGGACUAUUGACUUGGAUAUCGUUGAAGGUAAGAUAAGAACGCUCAAAUGUUUGCAUUUUUGUGAAAUUACACUCGCUUUUUACCCUUGAUAUACCUUCUGUUUCUUCAGAGUUGCCAGAAAACUGGAAGAACAGUCUGAUAAAGGCGAAGAAGGACGGUGACGAUGUGGUUCUCGAUGUGAACGACAAGGCCAAGGAGAGUCUCCAAGAUCCGAAAGAAUGGACUCUGAAGUUGACUGACGAUCCCUCGAAGCCAAAAGAUGAAUGGAGGACUAUCGAGAGUAACGGUCGGCCGUUGGAUGACAUUAGGGUAGAUGACACUUUGCCGGGGAAACCCUAUUAUGUCACUGUCACCGACCCCAACACUGGACUGGAGAGUCCCAUCUUGUCGUUCGUUACUCCGAAGCCGGCUGAGAUUGUCAACGUCGGAGCCAACAUUGACGACGAUAUUGUUGUUGACUUCAAACCGGCUGUGGGGCCAUCUGACGUUGAAGUAGGUGUUUUUAAGUAGUAAGACUGUUGAUUUGAAAAAUUUGUCCCUAUAUGAUUGUAGUUUGAGCACCAUAUGAUCAUGAUUAUUGAUAAAAAUUGAUUUAAAAGUUGUGAUAUUUGCAGAACUACGAGAUAAAGUCGUGGCCAUCAAAUGAUCCCUCUAAUGUACGAACACAACAAGUCGAUCCCACCAAGUUGAAUGGAAAUGUCAUUCCUGACCUAGCUCCUGACACAGACUACAACUUCCAAGUGGUAACAAACUUCAAAGAUGGAAGCAACUUGGAAGGCGAUCCGAUGUCCACCAAGACUCCACCUCAAGGUAGGUAACAAUGCUUUUGUCAAAGGUUUAAACAAACAUGUGAUCAACUCAAUAUUACGCUGUUGUUAAACGUCUGUUGCAGAUGUGAAAUGUGACUGUUCUCACGCUUGUCGACUAGAGAAAGACGAGGAAGGCAAGGCCAAAGUAAAGUGCUACUGUCCUCAAGGUUUCGAGUUAGAAGAAGAUGAAAAGACUUGCAAGAAGGUGGCUGACACGGAAACCAAACAGAUCGUGGUCGAGGUUACUCCUGCCUACGAUGACAAGACCAACAGAUUCGACGAUCUGUCACAACAACACAGCAUCGACGGAUCUCCUUUACCUACCAAUGAGUACGGUAAACCCAUCUACCUUGAAGACGAUAUCACCAGCCAACCGUUACCUACAGAUUCCCUCGGCCGUGUGAUUCGGCCGAUAGUUAGAGUAGAUGGAUCUCGUCUACCGGUCGACGGAGAUGGUAACACAUUGAAUCAGUUGAGCCAAGUUAUCGAAAAGAACGAUGAAGGUCAGCCUUUGGGACCAGACAAUGAGAUUUUAACCAAGAAUCUGAACGGAGACUGGCUGUACCCGGAGAUCGAUAACCACGGUCACGCUCUGCCAUUCGACAAGAACGGCAAACACGUGUAUCCCAUUAUCGGAUCCGACGGUAAUAUUCUGAGGACAAACGAUGACGGACAGAGAAUCGACAGGAACGGGGAACCUAUACCAACCAAUCCUUAUGGCCGUCCUAUUGGCCCAGACGGAUCACCGGUAAGUAAAUUUAAGCCCGUACCAAGCUUUUAUUUGCAGGUAUUUAGUUUAACUUAUUAAAUAAUUUAUUUUAAGCUCCCGACCGAUGCCGAGCAGAACUACCGUUGGAAUGACGAUGUCGAUGACAUCACUGACGAACCCUUCCCUACCGAUAUCAUAGGACAUAUCGUCUACCCAAUAGUCGACCAACAUGGAAAGCUAUUGCCAUUAAACGAAGAAGGACACCAUGUAGAUGACAAUGGCGUUGAGAUACCAACCAACGAGUACGGAUUCCCGGUUCAUCCACAAACUGCAGAUAUUCUACCCAAGAACAGUCAAGGUCAAUAUAUCCUCAGCGAUGGCAAAGAAGAAACACCCACACCAGAGGCUGACGAUCAGGAACGUGGACAAGAUGUGACUCCCACAGAGAGACACGCUCCAAUCUACGACACCAACGGAGAUGUUCUUCCCACCAACUACGAUGGAGAUUACCUCGACAGAACUGGCAACACUAUUCAGACUGACAGCCUCGGCCGACCUCUCAAUGCUCACGGCCAAGUGCUACCCACCAAUGCGGAUGGAAACUAUGUUCUCCAAGAUGUAGCACCUACCAACAGUGACGGUGGCAAGGUGAACGUGGUCGAUUUCCAAGGUCGUCCUUUACCGACAGACCAGUCUGGCCGACCGCUAGCCGAAAAUGGAAGUCCAAUUGAGGUGAAAGAAGGACAGUACGUUGAUGAAGAUGGCAACCCUCUACCAACAGAUUCUGCUGGAAACGCCGUUUUUGGGACUCCUGACACUUCAGAAGAAGCUGCCAAAGACCUGGAGUUCCCCAUCGUUGAUGCCAAUGGAUACCCGCUUCCUAAAGAUGAACACGGUCGCUUCAUCGACAGCCGAGGAGAGCCAUUUAGGAAAGACGACGACAACAAACCAUUGGGGCUAGAUGGACAAGUUCUGCCGAAUGACUCUUCUGGAAACUACAUCUACACUCCCGAGAAGAAGCCCACCAACUUUGCCGGUGACCCAGUUGUUGUGAAGGGGGCGGACCAUCAACCAGUCCCUUUAGAUCAACAAGAUCGACCAUUGGAUACUAACGGUGAUCCUCUGCUCAUCAGAGACGGACAGUACAUGAACAAAGACGGUAACCCUCUUCCACUUGAUCCUGAUGGUAACGCCAUGCUUCUACCGGUCGAUGAUUCUGGCAAAUUUAUCUACCCCGUAACCGAUGUUGAUGGAAACACUCUGCCAACUGACAGUUCAGGUCAUUAUGUAGAUCCAGAUGGCCAGACUAUCCCUACUGAUGAUUCUGGAAAGCCUGUAGAUAACACCGGGAAGAUUCUGCCAACAGAUUCUACUGGAAGCUUUAUCUACUCAAAGCCUAAGCCAAUUGAUAGUUCAGGAAAAGAAGUCACUCCAGUAGGACCUGAUGGUCUUCCUUUGUCCAAAGACAACGAAGGCAACUACGUGAAGGCUGAUGGGUCUCCAGUUCCAAUCAACGAGAACAACGAGUACACUGACUCUCAAGGAAGUCCGUUACCUAUUGACCCUUACGGUCGUGUCGUGAUCCGACCAGACGAUGAGUUACAGACUACUGAAUACGUUCCUACUGAGAAGCCAAUUGUGCCACCUACUGACGCAGCUGGAAAUCCGAUUGUUGUAGUUGACAAAGAUGGAUCUCCGUUGCCUACCAAUUCAGACGGCAUCCAUUUGAAUGAAGAAGGAAAUCCGAUUCCUACGAACGCUGAAAAUCAGUAUGUCAACGAAGAUGGUAGCCUUCUACCGGUCGAUCCAGAAGGCCGAGUUCAUUUAGUGAAUCCAGAAGACUUUACAGAGACUGCUGAAGCUACAGAUGCCUAUGGUAAGGUAGUGUACCCGAUUGUGGACGUAGAUGGAGAAUUGCUUCCGAAAGAUGAGUCAGGACGACAUGUUGACAAGAAAGGAGAACUCGUUCCUGUCAAUGACUUUGGUAAACCACUAGGACCAGAUGGCACGCCAUUGGCCCAAAAUGACAAGGGACAGUACGUCCUUCCAAGUGACGUACAUCCAGAUACAGAAGCUGAUCAGCCAAUACCCACAGACGACAGAGGAGAAGAAGACGUACACGGUCCAGAAAAAGAAUUAGAAGUUACUGAACUUCCAACAGCUGCCAUUGGCAACAAGCCAACCGAUGAAUCAGGAAAGCCUGUUAUUGUGGUCAAUUCAGAUGGCAUCCCACUUCCCACGGACGCAGAAGGCGGAUACGUCGAUCCACAAGGCCAGCCAGUACCCACUAACAGCGACAAUCAAUACGUUGGACCGGAUGGAUCUCCACUGCCAACUGAUCAGUACAACAAUGUCAUCAUGCCUUCUGGAGACGAAGUGGUCGGUAAGACAUUACCCACAGACUCUUAUGGCAAACAAGUGUAUCCAGUGGUCGAUUCUGAUGGUACCUUGCUUCCCACUGACGAGACUGGCAGACAUGUAGGACCAAACGGAGAACCCAUUCCUGUAGAUGACUUCGGCAGACCAACAAGACCAGAUGGAAGCCUGCUACCUCAAGACAGUGAUGGAAGAUACGUCAAUCAACCACCUGCCAACUUGCCGACUGACUCCAGUGGAAAGCCUUUGGUUGUGAUUGGACCUGAUGGAGCUCCGCUUCAGAAGGAUUCCGAAGGCAACUACGUUCAACCAGACGGUGCUCCAGUACCAACAAGUUCCGACCAUGAAUAUGUAGGACCUGAUGGUGAACCAUUACCUACAAAUUCAGAUGGACAAGUAGUAUUGUCAGCUGAAGAUGCUACUGGAAAGACACUUCCUACUGACAGUUACGGUAGACAAGUUUACCCAGUGGUCGACCCUCAGGGUAAUUUGUUACCAACUGAUGAAACCGGAAGACAUACUGGGCCAAACAAUGAGCCAAUUCAAGUCGACGAUUCUGGAAGACCCCUCAAGCCAGACGGAAGCUUGUUCCGUGAGAAUGAUGCUGGUCAGUACGUAUUUGAGCCAGCGUUAGGACCUACUUCAGCAUCAGGCAACCCCAUUGUCGUUGUAGGACCUGAUGGACAGCCAUUGCAGAAGAAUGACCAAGGCCAGUACAUCAAACCAGAUGGACAACCAAUCCCGACCAACGCUGCCAAUGAAUACGUGGCUCCAGAUGGAUCGCCAUUGCCUACAAAUGUUGAUGGUACGGUAAUUCUUCAGUCGGAUCAAGAACCUGCUCCUCAGACUCUUCCUACUGAUGAGACAGGCAGGGAAGUUUACCCUGUCGUUGAUGCUGACAAUCGACCGCUGCCUACUGACGAUUCCGGUCGAUAUUUGUCGCCAGACGGAGAAUUAAUUCCCAUUGACGAACUUGGCCGUCCAAUGUCUUCUGACGGCACUGUUCUUCCUCAAAAUGACAAGGGUCACUACAUCAUGUCCUCUGAUAAGGCAGGUACUUUGUUACCCAGUGAGCUGCCCGAUCAAGACCACACUGCAGACAGUUACCUUACUUCGACUGCGAUUGUCAGACCGACCGAUAGAGAUGGAAACCCUGCCGUGAUUGUCGGCCCUGAUGGCAAUCCUUUGCCCAAAAACGAUAACGGUGACUAUAUAAUGGAAGACGGUAGCCCAGUCCCCACAAACGCAGACCUACAGUACGUUGACCCACAAGGCUCCGUAUUGCCGGUCGAUCCUGAGGGACAGUUUGUGUGGAACGCCGGAGAAGAUGACACGCCAAAGACACUGCCUACAGACGACUCUGGACGAGAGAUUCAUCCAGUAGUGAAUCCUCAAGGAGUACCCUGGCCCACUGAUGUAACCGGCAGACAUGUCGACCAUCAAGGCGAGCUGAUUCCAGUCGAUGACUACGGAAGACCAAUUGGACCAGACGGAACGGUCUUGCCAACGAAUGAAGAAGGUCACUACGUCUUCAAGCCAGAUGUGAAGCCGACCGAUCCAACGGGACGGGAAAUUAUUGUAGUCGGACCUGACGGAACUCCGUUGACGACUGACGACAAAGGGAAAUUUAUUGACAAAGACAACCAGCCGAUACCUACAAACGCGGCCAACGAGUACGUUGGACCAGACGGCUCUCCUCUCCCUACUACUUCUGAAGGCAACGUUAUCUUCGGGGCAGACUCUCUUCCAGAAGUCAAAACUUUGCCCACUGACGACACCGGAAAACUCAUAUAUCCUAUUGUGAAUCCAGACGGUAGUCCUGUUAGUACGGAUUCUACUCAAAGGUACGUGGACGAUAGUGGAGAGCUGAUACCAGUUGAUGAGUCAGGAAGACCUCUCGACAAAGACGGACAACUUCUUCCUACUGAUGCUACUGGCAACUACAUCUUCCGUUCUGAUGAUACUCCGCAGACUCCACACAGUAGCACGCAAGAAGUCGGACCGGAUGGACAGCCUGUAGUCACUGAACUUCCUACCGAUUCUACUGGAGGAAGGCCAACAGAUGAAUCAGGAAAACCUGUUAUUGUGGUCAAUUCAGAUGGCAUCCCACUUCCCACGGAUGCAGAAGGCGGAUACGUCGAUCCACAAGGCCAGCCAGUACCCACUAACAGCGACAAUCAAUACGUUGGACCGGAUGGAUCUCCACUGCCAACUGAUCAGUACAACAAUGUCAUCAUGCCUUCUGGAGACGAAGUGGUCGGUAAGACAUUACCCACAGACUCUUAUGGCAAACAAGUGUAUCCAGUGGUCGAUUCUGAUGGUACCUUGCUUCCCACUGACGAGACUGGCAGACAUGUAGGACCAAACGGAGAACCCAUUCCUGUAGAUGACUUCGGCAGACCAACAAGACCAGAUGGAAGCCUGCUACCUCAAGACAGUGAUGGAAGAUACGUCAAUCAACCACCUGCCAACUUGCCGACUGACUCCAGUGGAAAGCCUUUGGUUGUGAUUGGACCUGAUGGAGCUCCGCUUCAGAAGGAUUCCGAAGGCAACUACGUUCAACCAGACGGUGCUUUAGUACCAACAAGUUCCGACCAUGAAUAUGUAGGACCUGAUGGUGAACCAUUACCUACAAAUUCAGAUGGACAAGUAGUACUGUCAGCUGAAGAUGCUACUGGAAAGACACUUCCUACUGACAGUUACGGUAGACAAGUUUACCCAGUAGUCGAUCCCCAGGGUAACUUGUUACCGACUGACGAAACUGGAAGACAUAUUGGUCCAAACAACGAGCCAAUUCAAGUUGACGAUUCAGGCAAACCUACGAAUGCGGAUGGAACUCUUUUACCUCGAGAUUCUGAAGGCAGAUACGUGUUUACUCCGAUUGUCGGCCCUACUGACAGUACUGGAAGGCCGAUUAUUGCUGUUGGACCAGACGGUACUCCACUUUCAAAGAAUACAGAAGGCAAGUAUGUUGAUCCAGAUGGUGUCCCUGUCCCCACCAACUCAGCGAACGAGUUUGUUGGACCAGAUGGAUCACCAUUACCUACAAAUGCAGAAGGACAAGUUGUAAUUGGCGCUGAUUCUGAAGUGGAGCCCAAAACUUUGCCAACCGAUGAUACUGGGAAAGAUGUCCAUCCAGUUAUCGAUGUGAACGGAGACCUUCUACCCACCGAUUCAUCUGGAAGGCACGUCAAACCAGAUGGCCAGCUUCUGGAGACUGAUGAUUAUGGACGGCCUUUGAAGGAGGACGGCACACUUCUGCCAACAGAUAGUGCAGGAAAUUAUAUCUACACCGCUGAGACUCCCAAGGUUGUUGAUGACCAAGGAAAGCCAGUGGUAGUAGUUGGGGCUGACGGUCUGCCUUUGGAAACCAACUCCGAUGGCCAAUUCGUUGGCCCAGAUGGAACGCCAGUCAAGGUAGAGAACAAUCAUUAUGUGAACGCAGAUGGAGAAAUUCUGCCUACAAAUGAGAACGGCCAAGUUGUACUUAGCCCAGAAAAAGAACUUGAACCCAAGGUCCUGCCAACUGACAAAGCUGGAACCGUUGUGUAUCCUAUUGUGGACAAAAACAGCCAUCCUCUGCCCAAGAACGCGGAAGGACGGUUCAUAAACAAAGAAGGCGAACUCAUUCCUCUGGACGAAUUCUCGCGACCGUUGGGGCCAGAUGGUACUCCUUUGCCCAAAAAUGAAAACGGAAAGUAUGUUCAUCCUGACUCCUUCCCUGCUCGUCCUACUGAUGCUACAGGAAACGUGAUUCCAGUAGUCGGAAAAGAUGGCCAGCCACUUCCAAUAGAUUCGGAAGGUCAGUGUGUAACUCGUUUUACACUACAGUAUUAUACGAUUCGUUUUACAUUAAUCAAAAAAUUAUUUUUAGGAAACUAUGUUGGGCCUGACAACGAGCCUAUCAAAGUCAACGAUGAAUUAAAAUACGUAGACGACAGCGGUAACUUGCUUCCUAUUAACGAGAACGGUGAAGCCAUAUACGAUUCGAGUGCCAAAACUCUCCCAACUGAUGACUCUGGCAGAAAGAUCUACCCUAUCGUAUCAGCAGAUGGGUUACCCUUGCCUACAGACUAUACUGGUCAUUAUACAGAUGACAGAGGUGACAUCAUUCCGUUAGACGACUACGGAAGACCUUUGUCUCCUGAUGGCAGCUUGCUGCCGCAGAACGAGCAAGGACAGUACGUGCACGGCGAAGAUACUGUAGUGUCAACUAAGCCAACAGAUCCCUCUGGCAACCCUGUUACGGUCGUCGAUGGAAACGGUAGCCCCUUGCCUACGGAUUCGGCUGGAAACUACAUCUAUUCAGACGGAAGUCCAAUUCCCACAAACUCGGCCAACCAGUACGUGGGCCCCGAUGGUUCUCCACUGCCAUUCAAUCCAGAAGGCCAGGUCGUUGUCGGAGCUGUGACUGAGCCAGAAGGUCGAACAUUGCCUACAGAUGACACUGGGAAGGUAGUAUAUCCGAUUGUGAGACCAGACGGCUCAUUGUUGCCAACAGAUUCGACCGGUCGAUACAUUGACAGAUACGGAGAACAGAUUCCAGUCAACGACUUUGGCAAACCGAUCAACAAAAACACCGGAGAAGUCCUGCCAACCGACAACUACGACCAGUACAUCUUCCACGACGGAAAGCCCUCUCACUCUUCAGGGCUGCCAAUCUCAGUGGUCGACAAAGCCGGAAACCUGCUUCCGACCGAUGAAACUGGCAACUUUGUUUUGGAUGACGGAUCCCCGAUCCCCACCAACGACCAGUUACAGUACCUGGGACCAGACGGAUCGCCAUUGCCGUUUAACGAAGAGAACAAGGCCGUUCAUCCAGGAGCCGAGGAAAAAGAGACCGUUCUUCCUACUGACGAAGACGGCAAGUUCUUGUACCCCAUUGUCAGACCUGACGGUACACCCCUGGAAACCGAUUCCUCAGGGCGGUAUCUCGACAACCGAGGUGAACCCAUCCCCAUCGACGAUUUCGGAAGACCUCUUGGUAAAGACAAACAGUUGUUGCCUAGACUUAACGACAAGACUUUUGUGUACUCCGGAGGAGUUAUUCUACCUACUGACAGUACUGGCACGCUGAUUAAGGUGGUUGAUCCUGACGGACAGCCAUUACCUACCAGUAUAGAUGGAUUGUACGUUGGAAAGGACGGAAACGUAAUACCAACUGACGAUGAUAACAACUAUAUAGGGUCGGACGGUGUUCUUCUACCUGUAGAUGAAGGUAAAAUUGUGUACAAAGACGAGACGAGUGCAGUUAGCGACAAGUCAGGAAGAGUACCAUUGCCUGUAGUCGAUGAAAAUGGCACUCUUAGACCCACUAAUCCUACGGGGCUCUACGUUGACUUCAACAACGUUCCACUUGAGGUGGAUGAGUACGGUAUCCCACAUUAUGCUGACGGAACUCCUCUAAAACAAGAUGAUAACGGAAACUAUGUGUACCAAGACCAAAGGUACGUAUAUUCCUUUUCCAGCGAUUAAAACGUGUUACGAUUAGUUAACAAGGUAUAAUACAAAGCAUUUCAGAGCCAAGGAAUCCAAGCACUGCUAUGUAGAUCGUUACAUCGAGAUGAUUCUAGUAGUAGACACUUCUGAAAACACCAAGAUUCUGGAGUACAGAUUGAUGAAAGAAACCAUCAAAUCUUUCCUCAAAGAGAACUUUGACCUCGGGGAGAACAAGGUCAGGCUUGGACUAAUCAAGUACGGUAGCCAAGUAGACGUGCCAGUCGCUCUUGGAGAUUACAGUAACGCUGGGGAACUUUUGAGCAGAAUCGGCGAUGCUCGUCGACUGAAAGGCUCUGCACAACUUGGAGAAGCACUGAGAGAUACUGUCAGUGAGUUCAAGAUCAGUGGAGCCAAGGAUUCGGCCAAAGUAGUGAUCGUGUUCAAAGGCGGCAAAUCUGCGUAUGUUUGUUAUUUAAUUUAUAAUCGCUUUUUAAAUUAGUGAAAUUUGAAUUUGAAGUUCCCUUUUUUGAACUUUGAAUUGUAGUGACGAUGUCGAACUUCCAUCCACCGAACUUCGCAAUAAUGGAGCACAUGUCUUCGUGGUAACAGCCGGCGAAGUUGACAGUGAUAAUGUGCUGAUUACUGGAGAUGAGGAAAAUGUAUUCCGAUUCAAGGACUGGAAGUCACUGGAGCCUUCCCACCUCGGACCAAUCGCUGACAAAAUCUGUGCUCUGACCCCGGAAAGCCAAAGUGCCCCAACUGCUUGGCCCAUACGUCCAACACGACCAGCUACGACUGGACAGACACGAGAAUGUUCUACGGUCGAAUACGAAGUAGACCUUGUCGUGCUUCUGGAUUCUUCCAAGUUUACUCAAGAAGAAUUCACAACAACUCUGGAAAGUGUGGGCACUUUGGUCGAUGAAUCGUUCGACCUGGCUCCAGAUGUGGUACGAGUUGGAUUCAUUGUUUACAGCGACAAAGUCAGCGUUCCUGUGGCUUUAGGACACUACGAAGACAAGAUCGAACUUCUGGAGAAGAUUCAAGAAAGCGAGUUGGUGGAAGGUACAGCUAUCGCCCUAAAGGGUCUAGAUGCUGCCAGACAACAGUUCAGACUACAUGGAAGAGGCGGGGUAGCCAAGGUUGUCCUCAUGAUCACAAACGGCAACUACAGGUAAAAUAUUGUUAAAAUGACAUUUACAAUGUUUUAAUUCACCUUAUAUUUAACAAGAUUUAAUUAUAAAACUUCUUUCAGAGGUAAUGGCCAACAGUUUGCCCAAGAACUCCGCGAUACCCAUGACAUCCAGCUGUUCGUCCUGGGAAUUAACCCAUCUCAAGCACGGCUACCUUCUCUUCAACGACUGGUCGGAGUAGAGUAUGCCAAGGAACGUCUUCUGACAAUCAACAACAUUGAUGACAUCUCUUCCAAGAUCGACUUUAUUCGUAGCUCAUUGUGUGGAAGAAUCAGUCAGACUACGGUAGGCGGCGAUGACUACGAUACCACAAUGUCUCAUCGUACAACAAAGCGAGAUGUCACCAAGAUACCAUUGAGUGAACAGAAAGAGCCAUGCGAUGAGAAGGGCAAAAUGACAGUUAACAUUGUCAUAGACAGUAACGGAGGUGCUCAAGAUCAACAAGUAAGUGUAGUCUUUUUUAUUAUAUAGAAGUUUUAUCUUCAUACCAUAUUAUAGUAUGAUAUUUUUACUGUGACAUUUCCUUUUCAGGAAAUCGACAACGUCAAGUUUGUAGUCCAGACUUUCUUGGAUGAAAAGUACGCCGACGACGAGCCAGCCAAAAAGCCUCUGGUCAACUUGAUCAACAUCAACAGCCAAGAUAAAACGAUAUUACACAGCCGGAGUGGUGUCCCCGUGGAUAACUUGUACAACGAAAUGAGUGAUAUCUUCGAUGAAGCCGUGAAGGAGAACGAAGCCAUCCGGGAGAAACUACCCAACUGCCAACAUUAA